AUGUCGGACGAGAGUCAGAGAGCCAUGGCGGUGAAGACGGUGGCGGCCGUCUUCAUGCCCAUUGCGACCAUUGCCGUCAUCUUGCGUUGUUAUGUGCGAGGAUGGAUUGUCAAGGGCUUUGGAUGGGAUGACAGUGCGAUGGUAUUCGCAGCGAUAACCUACAUCAUGUUCUGUGCAUGCAUGAUCGGAGGAACAAUCCAUGGCACGGGUUACAAACUCGACCAUCUCGACCCAUGGGAGGCUGUGACAGCAAUGAAGUACUGGUGGUUGUGUGAGGUCGCCUAUUGCUUCGCCUCCAUUGGGUGCAAGGUCUCCGUCAGCGUCUUCUUGCUUCGAAUUACUGUGAAGAAAUCACACAUUUGGACUCUAUACUCGGUCAUGUUCCUGACCUGUCUCGCUGGAUUAAUCUUCUUCUUCCUCAUGCUCUUGCAAUGCAGGCCCGUUUCCUACUUCUGGACUCGGAAAGCCAACGACCCCAACAUUCAAGGCAGCUGCAUCGAUAUCAACAUCAUCAUCAUCAUGACCUACAUUUACAGUGGUUUUGCCGCCCUCUGCGAUUUCACCGUGGGAAUUCUCCCCAUCUUCCUCGUCUCCAAACUCCACAUGAAGCGUGAAGCCAAGCUUGCUGUUAUUGGUAUUCUGAGCAUGGCCUGCAUUGCUUCUUCCGCCGUCAUCGUCCGUAUUCCAUUUGUCCAGACCUUCGGUGAUCCAGACUUUUUGUAUGCCACAUACCAAAUUGCCAUCUGGUCGAACAUCGAAGCCGGUCUCGGCAUCACCGCUGGCAGUCUCGCCACUCUUCGUCCUCUCCUUCGCAAGUGGCUCGGAUCCCGGAACGGCUCAAGUUAUCCCUCGGGGUUCCCGAAUUCCGGCCAUCUUGGAGGCCACAGCAACUCACGCGCCUUGCCGCUUGGAUCAAUCGAUCGACUCGGUAACCCCAAGAACCUCCGACCAGACAAGCUCGCCGUGAUGGUCACAAACAUUGAAAGUCAACGAGACACCGAAUUGACCUGGGGUGGCGGCUCAACUAGCCCCAGUAGCAGCGAGGAACGUCUUACCCUUGAACACGACCCGCUCCCGGGUCAGGGUAAGCUGGACAUCGGCAUCCACCGCACGAUUGAAGUCACUCAGACCACGGAUGGAUAUGAUGCCGAAAGCCAGCGUCGUAUCGCUCGCGAGCAUGUAUAA